AUCGUCUAUAUUUACUUGCUCAAUAAACCUAAAUAAAUUUCACCAGCAGUUGUGCACAAAAUUGAGCUUUACCAUGAGUGACCUAGCAGAAUAACACUUGGAUCUGAUUGUUCCUUAACUAGUGCCAAGGGGGCGACUACUACUUGUUGGUACCAGUGGCUGGGAAAGGGGCGCAAUGGGCGAGCCGACUGUGGGGAGUCGCGUGGAGAUUGUGGGGAGGGAUGGAGCCCAGGGGACGGUGGCCUUUGUGGGGAGCACGACCUUUGCGAGUGGGAAGUGGGUGGGCGUGGCACUGGACGAGGCAAAGGGCAAGAACGAUGGGAGUGUGAACGGAACGGCCUACUUUGACUGCCCACCAAACCACGGCAUUUUCGUCAGGAUGGCUCAAAUCACGCUCGUGGGCGACGAGGGGACCAAGUCCAAGUUGAAUAGUCCGGCGGUGUCAAGCUUGUCUCCAGAAGAUGUCAAGUCUGGAGGAAGUUCCGGUGGUGGGAAGGCGAAGGGAAGCAGCAGCAAGCAUACCUCAUCUCAAGUUCAAAGGAGGACUCAAGUGACACGACUUCCUGUUUUCCAUACUUCGAUCGUGCCAUCACCAACAGUUGAGUCCAGUACUCCCAUUUCUGGACAAUUUGAAGGCACAGCGAAAGUAGCUUCUGCUGCAACUAGUCUUAACCUCUUGUCUCCAAAAUCGAGAUAUGUUGGCGAAACUGCCAUAGGAAAUGUUGAUUGUCGGAGUUCAUCUUACGACAUCGGUGGUGGACCAAAAUCUGAUGAAUUUUUAAAGUCUCCAAACAAAUGGUACAAUACUUACAACCCAUUUCAUCGCCGAAGUACAAUUGGCGCAACUAAACUACCAGGAAAAGAUGGUGUGUCUCUCUUCAAAAAACCUAGAAGUGUAAGACCAACACUGCUUCCAGGUUCAUGUUCUCCCAAAACGUCUGGCCCUUUUCAAGUGAGAAGUGUAAAGACUCCGACCACUCCUAUUUCUACUCAUCAGAAUCAGAUGCCAUCUCCAAUAAAUAGAUCUAGCACCAAACGGAUUUCCCCGGGAUUAAAAUUCAGCCUGAAUCUUCCAAAAUCGUUCAUAACAUCCAGACUUCCAACGACGACAGCACCUAGGACCAGCACUCAUUCGCCCAAUCAGACUGCAGGACAGCCACAAAAUAAAUAUCUUGCUUCCUAUUCUGAUUCGGAAUCUAAACAUUUUGAAUUUACAAUGUCAAAAUCUGGCUCAUUAAGCUCAUCCUGCCUGUCUUCACAUCCUAAUAGUAGCAUCGAAUCUUCACUACUAAGCUCCAAAGCUACUACUUGUUCCAAUGUGUCGUCUACUUCAAAUAAUGAAGAAUUUGUCCCUGCGACGGUUUUUAUGGAAAACCUCGGCAAAACUCUUAUGAACCAAAAAGAAUCUCAUAAUGCUAAUGUAUCACCAUCGAGGCGACAUACAAUCGAACCUGGGGUUCCAUUUACUCCUAAGAAACCCCCUAGGCCGAGUUUGACGCGAAUGAGCAAUAUAAAGUCGACGACCACCACCAUAGCCACUGGGUCUCUGCCUGAAGUUGAUCAAACAGUCACGGUCACUAGUAAUGAUAAUGAUACUUGCAAAUUCGGACCAAAACGCAAAGAAUCUCAAACGGACAGCGUGGGUACAACUAGAAGAUUGGAAUCUCCUAUUGCUGUUGACACCCUCACACUUCGAAAAUAUCAUGGUCGAACUCGCUUAGCCUUCCCAAACGGCGGAAACUCUCCAUUAGCUCAGCAACCAGCAGCAUAUGCAAAAUCUCCAAUAGUUUCACCAGCAAAUGCUACUGGCUAUUCGCCAAAGUUUCGAAAGUUUGCUUCUUCUUAUGCGCACCACAAAAUUGCUACGCGUAACUCACCUGUAGCAGUAAAGUCCGGCUUAAUUCAUAGGCUUCCCGUGGCCGGGGCCAAAGAGGUCAAACCGUUGCAGUCUACCCCUUCCGGCUCACGAAGCAAUUUAUCUACUCCGUCCACGAAAGUGGACCCCAGUUCGGGCCCCAGUAAACGGAACUCUUUUGUUGAAACUGGUUUCGCUCCGUCAGAACGGGAAAUAGUUCCGCAGUACACUCCAGGAACACCUGCUAGUGUUAUGGCCACCCCUACAACUCCAAUGACGCAGAGUGAAGACAGAUUUACUGCAGUUCAUGAUAACGCCGCUUUACGAGCUGAAGUUAAAGAUCUCAACGAAAAACUAGACACCUUGAAAGCGAAAAGAGCAAAUGAUGUAGAAAAACUUCGCGAACUAGAUCGUUUUCGCCUCGAAGUGGAAACUUUAAGUGAAUUCCGUACAAAAGUGUUGGAAAGUCAAGCUGCCUUACAAAAGGAGUUAAAAAGGGCCAAGAAUGAAACACGAGAAGCCAUUGAAGCAAAAGAACGCCAUGCUGAGGAGAUGUCAGAUUUGUCCGAAGCUGUCGAAAUGGCGACGCUUGAUAAAGAAAUGGCAGAAGAGAAGGCUGAGACCUUGCAAUUAGAACUAGAUCAAGCUAACGAGAAAGCCGAGCAAUAUUUCAUCGAGUUGAAAACCAUGAAAGAUGAGCUGAGUGGAAAAAUAAACAUAGAAUCAGGAGAAGCGGGCGUUACUUCAUUUCAAGUAAAACAAUUACAAGCUGAAAAUUCACGUCUAAAGGAAGCCUUAGUAAAGUUUCGCGAUGCUACAGCUCAUGAUAAGCAUCUUCAUCAAAAAACGAUUAAAGACUUGGAAACUGUCAAGACUGAGCUAAAAGAAGCACUUAGAUCAAAGGAAUCUUUCGAAAUCCAAGUUUUGGAAUUAGAGGAGCAAGUAGCGGAUCUACAAGAUCAGACGGAAGCUGCACUUGGAGCGGAGGAAAUGGUUGAAAAUCUUACGGAAAAAAAUCUGAACUUGGAAGAAAAAGUCAAUCAAUUGACCGAGACGGUUGCUGAUUUAGAGGCACUACACGAUGUAAAUGACCAACUUCAGGAAUCUGCCAAAGAACUGGAAAUGGAAUUGCGAGAUGAUUUGCAACAGUCUCAAACGAUAAUCCAAAAUACUGUUCGAGAGCGGGAUGCCAUGAUGGAAACAGUUGCGGAUUUGAACUCUACCAUUCUCAAGUUUCGAGAAGUUGUUCAAAAAAUGACAGAUGAAAAUACACUAUUGCGUCAAAAUUUGGAGGAAGAAUCCUCCAAGAGCAGUAUCCCCGGAUUAGUUGAGGAUUUAGCUUUCAAAAAAGUAUUUGCUGAAACCAAAGCACAAACUACUGCAACCGAGUUGGAACUUCGGCGAAUUGAGGCCAAAGAAGCUACAUUGCAUAGUCAAUAUUUAGCACAGGCAGUUAAAACUGAAAUGGACCAAACUCGAAACUUGAAAAUUCAACUAGAGGACAAAGAAGCAUCCAUUAAGGAGUUACAUAAAAUAUUGAAAGCCAAACAAGAAGAGCUGAGCGAAGCUUCAAUUAGAAAGGAAUUAGCAGAGAAGAGAUUGUCCAACGCUACUAAAGACAGUGAAAUGACGAUUGAAAAGCUAACAAGAAAACUAGAAGAUUUGCAAUCUGUCCUUCAAAGAAAAGAAAGAGAAUUCGAAGCCACUUUGGAGCACUUCCAGUCCGAUAUCGAAUCUCUACAAAUGGAACGAGGAGAACUAAAGGACAAACUUUUAUCAGUGACCAAGGAGCGUUUCUUUAAAGAAUUAGUUUCUGGAAUCCCUUCAGGGUCAUCUCCUAUGCACUCGCCAAGUGUUGGUCACACUCCUGUUCAGUCUGCAGGAACUCCAAUGCUUUCAAGUGGUGGAUCAAUUGGUGCUUCAUCUGAUAGUUUAAUUGAGUACACAAGAUACCUGCAACGUCAGAAUUGGCGUCUUCAAUCGCAACAGUUGAUUGAGAAUCUAAGAAAACUUCCUCCUAUCCAGCUUCCAAAGAAAUCUGAUGAUGUUAUUAAACAGAUGGAGAAAGAAUUAAGCCAGCACAAAAUGGAGAUAACAUCCAUCGUUUGCGAUUCAUUUAAAAUCUCCUUCGACUCGAACCUAUCGGCCUCACGGAAAGAAUACUUGCUUCACAUUAACGAACUUCGCAAGUCUAAAUUAGCAGAGAAGAUGGGCGCUUUACAACACAAAAUAAAUGCCAUACGAGUUGAAAGAAAAUGCCCUAACAUCAUCCGUGGAGAUUUUGCCUCGUUCCCAUCUGAAAGAUCGAUCAAGGAUGCAGAAAACGAACUGAUUAAAGUUGGAUCAAUCAAGUUUCCGGGAUGGGAGAAGAGCAAAGAGAAACCUCAAUGUGUUAUUGUGAGCGACGAAGAACUUUUCGAAAUCCACAAGCUUCUCACGCCUAAUCAUUAAGGGUUAACUAAUAUUUAUACAUAUGCUAUUAAAUGUAUUGCCUUUUUGUAAUUUAUUACUCCUAUUCGGGAUGAUGAGAUUAUGCUAAUUUUAAUACGCGUGUAGUCAAACUACAGAUAUUUGCCUUGCCUCCAUCAUCAAUAAGUGACACUUUAAUAAUAUUUGUGAAAACCUACAUGUGACAGAGAAUUUAAUAAACAUAAUUAUUGCAAUUA